UAUGACUUCCUCCGGGAAACUUGAGCUCAGCUAAACAGUUCCGUACUUGUCCGAGGAAAGAAGUAAACAAAUCUGGAGAAUGGUUGGGACGAAAAUCGAAACUUUACGGAAACGAAUGUGAGGGCGAAAUGAAACCCAACCGGUAAAUUGGGCGACCGAGGGCUCCUGGAAAUAUGGCUAAUGAGAACAUUAUCAGCUACGCGACGCGGAUCCUUUGUUCCAAUUUGGGUGCGAUGGACUACAAUAAUCUGCGCAAGAAGCUCCGCAAACGUUUCGAUCCCUCUGACGAUGACCUGCGCUACAUUCUGUGGAACUGCUGCAGGUUCUCGAUUGUCCAGAGAGCGAGAGACUGCUCGCCAGGCUCCGAGUUAAGCCCUGACUCUAAGAUCAUCGCGAAGACAGCGGUCCGACUGUGCAAGAGCUACCCGAAGGAUGACUGCAAAGCCUGCGAAGGGCUUCACCUCUGUAAAUAUUUUGUUUACGGAAACUGUCGGUUUGGGAAAGGAAGGAAGCAGUGUAGAUAUUCACAUGACCUCAGUUCAGAUCACAACUACAAUGUGCUGAAAGCGUAUCAUCUCACUGAACUGCAUGAAGAUGAACUUUUUCUUCUAUUGCUUCAGAAUGAUCCAUCCCUCCUCCCAGAGGUGUGUGUUCACUAUAACAAAGGAACAGGGCCAUAUGGAGCCUGCACCUUCAAGGCAAGUUGUACCAAACUUCACAUCUGCCACCAUUUUGUUCAAGGCGACUGCAUAUUUGGCUCCAAAUGCAAGAGGCUACACGGCAUAGAUGCAGAUGGCCGUAAAUUAUUGGAAGACCGGGGACUCAGUGGAGAGAUUAUUCAUGACUUGCCACUUUUAUACACAAAUAUUUACGAUUUAAAAAAUAACAGCAACAACCGCAUAAAUGAUCGAAUACAGCAGACAUCCACAGAAAAUUCAUCAAAUAAUGAAAUCUGCUUACAUUACCUCAGAAGACUCUGCAGCUUUCAAGAGAAUUGCAUUCGAGUCCAUUUCCAUUUGCCUUACAAGUGGGAAGUUUAUGAUGGGUCAGCAUGGAAAGACCUUCCAAACAUGGAAGAUAUUGAAAUGGCUUAUUGUAACCCAGAAAAUAACAGAAGUGACGGUUCUCCACAAGUGGACUUUAUGAAUAUGAAGUGUGAUUCAUGUCCAGUCAGACGCCUUUCCACACCAUCUUCAGUAACUAAACCACCACACUAUAUCCUGACAACAGAGUGGAUCUGGUAUUAUAAGAGUAGUAAAGGGAGAUGGACUGAAUAUGGAAAAACAGAUGAAAAACAAAAAGUUCAUUCAUUGACAUCGAAAGAGCUGGAAGAAGCAUUUCUUGGAGAGAACAUGGGUGAAAUUGAAGUGUCAAAAGGACAUCGGCAGUACAUCAUCAGUUUUAAAGAUAUGUAUCAACGCAACCCGAAAUAUAACACAAAGCGAAAAGUGCAACGGAGGCCAAGAUUUACUUCAGCGCAGGAUGUGGAAAGCAGGAUAACAAUUAAAAGCAACUCAGUGAUUCAUAGCUCAACAUCAACCAUCUUUCCAGACCACUGGGAUAAGGAAUCUCUACCUGAAAGUGGAUACAAGGAAACGCAGUCCCCAAAUUAUCAGUGGGAUGAAACUGAGGAAGGGCAGAUUGUGGACACUGGUUCACCAGAACAGUUUCACACAUAGGGUUAUUGACUUGAUUGUCAUCACCUCGUAGGACUUUCAAAAUCAAUUUGAAUGGAAAAAAAGUUAUACAUGUAAUCAACAAAUAGAAACACUGUGGUCCUCCUUUUUGGCCAUUCAAGGUUUUGUUUUACAAGGAGAUUGUUGAACGUGUUGUGGUUUUUUUGUUUAGUUUUUUUUGUCUCCAUACUUUUCAGUAAAAAAAAUAAAAAUGUUCUGCUAGGGCUGAUGAUUCUCAUCAGAAUUUCCCAGUCUUUGUGCAAUGAAUUUGGAAUGGUCUGUUGUCUUCUCUUGUUACCCUAUGCUUUUGACAACAUUGGAUUUUUGUUAAUUUACUUUUGGAGCAUUUUUUUGUAUUUUUUUGCAGUCCUGAAAGUUAAUUGUGCCUGGAUGUGUCUGUUUUACGUUCCUUAAUUUCCCAUUUCAUUGAUCUCUUGUGAUCACCUUCAGUUCUACAAAGGUUACCUUGGAUAUAUUCCCUUAUUACUAAAACUAUUUACCUCAGAACGGGAAGUUUUACUGCUACUCAAAUCAUGAUGUCACUCUACAACGUCCUGCACCAUCUGCUGAAACUCCUUUUGUUUCACCUUCAAUAAUGAAAAGGAUUACACCAACGAGAGGUGCUUCAGCAAAUUGAUGUAUUUGUUUUUGGAUAAGCUAUUUUUUUUUUUACUUUUUUACCUGCAGAAUAAUGUUUUUCUUAAGAUCAGGACUGUAUAAUUUAGCUUUCAUUUUGCCUCAGCUGCCUCAAGACUUAUUUCAGUUUAUUAUUAGAACUAGAAUGGAUUUUUUCCCCUCACCUUUUACUUUGCUUGCAGUUACUGUUUUGAAACAUCUGAUUUAGAUACUUUGCAGUUUAUUUUUUAGAAGAAUAUAUAAACUGUGCAUAUAUAUUUUACCUAAGGAUUGUCUGGCUUUGUAACAUUUGGCUCCUACUUAUCCUCCUGUUUACUUAUUAUGUGGUGCAACAAAUAGACAGAUAACCUAAAGCCAAACAAAAAAAGCGUGACAAAAACAUGGUUUGCAGUUCAGUUUGCACAAUAAUUUUAGUUUAGCUGAUCAGUAUGUUCCGGACACAGUUAUAAUUUCAUUUUUAAGAAAAGGUUGCUCAUGAUUUUUGUGUGAAAUGUAUUCUAAAUGGCUGCCCAUGUCGCCUUUGUAAGGAGUCAUCUUAAUAUUUUAACUGUAGAGAAUGGAUCAUUUUGUUUUGGCAUUGGAUAGAAGAAAGUGAAAGACUACAAAUUUAAUUUUGCUAAAAUAAACUGUAAGUAAGUUAAACUGUCCUAUUAGGCUGAUGUUAAACAUACAGUUUACAUGUGCAGCCUGUAGUGUUUUACGUCUUUAAUGUUAUUGUAAGGAAAAUGCUAUUUUGUUUAAGUAUAGUUUUAAAAAUCAGUAGUGUUUUUUGUUUGUAAAUAUUAUCAUUAAUGUAUAAAUGAUUGCGAUGACUUCCAUUAUUUUGUUAAAGUCUAAAGUAAUAUUGUUAAAUAUUAAAGUUUUUUUUUUACUGUUGUGUUCAACUAUGAGUAAGAAAAAUGUUACAUAUUUUAAAAUAUAUUGUAAGUUUCUGCAACAUAAAGUAAAGUGCUGCUUGUGGUUGUGUACAAGUGCGACAACUGUAGCCUAUUGAAAUAACACAAUAACAAAUAAGAUUUCUUUGCAAACUCUAAUGGUUUGAGGGGUUGAUGUUGAAGAAAAUGAGCAAAGAAUGUUGAUUCCUGAAACAAUUUGCAGUAAAUGUAUAUAGUAGGUAAAAUGGCAGCACAGCUGAGUCCUCCUGUUUUUGAUUCUGUACUCAAAGUCACAUGCAUUAAAAAUCCAGUCAUCAGCUCGAAUAUUGGCAGGCAGUGAAAAUAACACAUUGAUGCUAUAUUUUAGACCACCCUGUCAUUUCAAAAUUCCCUUUACAGCUUUAGAAAUUUGAGAAUGCUCCAUGAAAGUGCCUUUUGUGAAAGACGUAUGCUUCUUGUUGAAGUUCACAAGUACUGCUAUUGCCGUUGGAAGACUGAAUAAUAUAUUGCUGGAAAUAUAAAACUCACAUUUAAAUGCCACUUGAAGUAAUAUUCUUGAAUUUAUCAUCUCACUGUCAGCUUGCCGUGGUGAAGGUUGCAGUGGCUUGCUGAAUUGGAGAACCCUGGUUAUUCAGCCAUAGCAAUAGUCUUGAGUGGUUUCUGGCAGAUCCCUGCAUUACUGAUGCUGUGGCUGGCGUUGUAGACAGAGAUGGAUGACAACAGACAUUUUAAUAGUUUUAUUCCAAUCCAAAUGUUGCUAUCGCUUUACAUUCAGAGUCACCCUUUAUUUACAAGUUUGGAAAGAAGUUAUUUAAUAUGUGGUGCUAACUCUAGCUAUUGCAGGCACGAGCAUUAUCAUAAUAAUAUCCCAAAUACUGUAUAUUAUUAACUGGUUUAGCCAGAAAUAUUGUAGUAUUUCAUAAAUGAGGCAAACAUGCAGGAUGUCAGCUUUUAUGUUUGGGGCAUUUCUGUUGAUACAUGCUUUAAAUGUUUUAAGAAUAAUGGCAGUUUUGUAUUUCCCAAAUUUUCGGACAGGUUUAAUUCAAUAAAAGACUUUAUACGUA